AUGGACAAAGUUGAAUAUGUUAACAAGGCGAAUGAAAUCUUCAGUGACAUGGAGGCCUAUACACUUCUUGCUGAAGAUCCGACUAAAAAGCAAGCUGCAGCCAUCAAAAAGAGGGUUAAUGAGCUCGCUCGUUUGAAAGUUAUCAGUCCAGAUGACUCCAAGUUGAUGACCCUCAGUGAUCCCCACAUCGCACACGCGUACGGCCUCCCAAAAGUGCACAAAGUGGAUGUCCCCCUGAGGAUUAUAGUGCCACUUAUCGGAUCACCCACUUACAAUAUAGCUAAGUGGUUAUACAGUCGUCUGAAGCGGCUCACUCAUGGAUCGGAUUAUAGCAUUAACAACUCUCAAGCGUUCCUCCGCAGGGUACAAGGCCUCAAAGUAAGUACCGAUGAAUGCUUCCUGUCCUUUGACGUCGUUGCCUUGUUUUAUUCCAUACAACAUGAUUUGGCGAUUGAAUGCGUAACCCAACGCCUACAGAGCAAUCCUAUUGAGAUCCCAACGCAGCAUGUUUUAGAACUGCUAAAUCUUUGCCUUAGGAACUAUUGUCAAUUUGAUAAUAGUACUACCAACAGGUAAAGGGAACCCCGAUGGGCUCACCAAUAUCAGGACUGCUCGCCGAACUAGUUUUUCAGCGACUAGAAGAGAUAGUUUUCCAAACUAUCAAGCCUAAACUAUGGCUUCGUUAUGUUGAUGACACCUUCGUCAUAAUAAAGAAGUGCGAAGUCGAACGGCUUCACCAGAGCCUGAAUGACGUUUUCCCAGCCAUACAGUUUACCCGCGAAGAGGCAAUUGGAGACAGCUUGCCGUUUCUGGACGUGAGGAUAUAGAAGUUGAGCGAUGGUAGCCUGGCAACAAGCGUCCAUAGGAAAGACUCUAACUCUGAGAUUAUCCUCAACUAUGGAAGCAACCACCCUGCAGCUCACAAAAGAAGCUGCGUCCGAACUCUGUUCCACCGGGCCUACCGUUAUUGUAACAGCAAUGAUCUCCUGAAAAAAGAGCUUGCUCACCUGUAUCGGUUAUUCCGCUCUAACGGAUAUCCGAUCAGUUUUGUAAAGAACUGUCUCAGGCAGCAGACACAGUCGCAAGACGCCACCCCCAACGAAGAGAUUGUGACGCCAAAAUUAUUCUCCUUGCCAUAUAUGCGUGGAACUUCUGAAAUAAUCGCCCGGCAGUUCAGCCGCUUGGGUAUUCACGUUGCCCACAAACCGUCAUCUUCACUACGUGCAGCACUAUCUCGAGUGAAGGAUCCCAUCCCGAAAGAGCAACAAACGAAUGUAAUUUAUCGCAUCCCGUGUGCCAAUUGCUCUUGCGUGUAUGUUGGCCAUACAUGUCGAUGCCUGGGCACCCGUAUCAACGAACACAAACUAGCUAUCUGUCGGCGAGACCCCCUGUCCCUCGUCUUUGCCCAUGCACUCGAGUACGACCACCGAUUCAAUUGGGAUGGCACUGAGGUCGUCGCCAUGGCUAACACAAAGCGAGCGAGGGAAUUUCUCGAGGCUUGGUACUCCAAUGCGGGUAGUAUCAACCGUCACAUUGAUUUAGACGCCCAUUACGAGGGUCUACGUUCACGAAUGACUGCCCCCUGCCCUAAUCACGCAUCAACGACCGCGAAUGCAGCCGCCCGCAUUCCAACUGAUUCACCACCCACCCUCCCCCUCCAGCACGGUGCGCUGUAAUUGUUCCGUCUCGUCUCACUUCCCCGUCCCCCACUCAGUGACCUACCAUGACCUCGGGAGCCCACCCCACCCCCCCCUCACACGUCAGUGGUCUGUUCUGUCCUAUCACACUAUCUGGUCCACUGUGACAACAUAACUUUCUCCCUCGUUUUCAUUACGUCUGACGACGGGUUGGUGUCACCAGCUCGAAAAUUCACGAGUAAAACUCGACUUUUCCGAAGAACCUCUUCUAUUUUUUCAUAUAUAUAUAUAUAUAUAUAUAUAUAUAUAUAUAUAUAUAUCACGUUCAUCAUCCCCAAAAGAAGACGAAGAAGAAAAAGAGGCGAUGCCAUGGACCACACUGUAUUGGUGCUGACGUUUCGGAAUCUUCCUCGAUUCCAUCAUCAGAGUAGUGGUAGGGUGUUUGUUCCUGCUAGCUCAGAGUUGUUCUGUCUCGCCGCCUGUCUCGUGUUAUAGGCAUGCCUGCUACAUGAACUCUGACCUGCCUGCUGGCGGGGGAUUGGCUUAGGUCUCUCCGUGGCCGACCGCUGGGGCGCUGGUGUGACCUCUGCCCCCUGCCCGGCCGCUGUUGUCGCUGCUAGGUCCGUGUGCCCUUGGGCCCUCCCCCCAUAAUUUGACGGGCUGAUCAGCUGCCGUUGCAUGUGGGAAUCGGGGUCGGCUGUUUGGGCGCGUCGGUGGGUCGAUAUCUCGCGUCGGUCGUCUGACACCCGGCUGGCUCUCUCCCCCUGCUGGGAAAGUGACAACUGUUGAGAGAGCCACGAUUUGUUUGCCAGUGCUGUCGGCCCCGUCCGAGCUGACUGGAGCCUCGGUCAAUAGUCACCGCACACGAUCUGCAAAUGUUGGAAUCGACAAUACUCAGCAAUGCACGUUGCCACCGCAGGUUGCGCGACAACCAAUUGCUAGAGAAGUUCGAAAGAAUACGUCCACAAAUGGAGCCCUUUACUGACGGUGUCCUGGUUCACAACCUCUCGUCUCGUCGCCUCACAUAACAACAGCUGGAGGUUUUAUCCUAUGACGCCAAGUUCAACACCAGAGAUGCUCGACCGGAAGAUUUCAUCGCAUCCUUCGAGUCUGCCCUUCAAAAGUGUGAAGCCAACGAGGAGUACAAAAAUUCCAUGCGGCAGCAAGUGUCCACUCUUCUCCUCCAGCACAAACCUCAAAGGGUGAUUUCCGAAGCAGAAGACCGAGAACUUCUGAGAAUGCGGAAGAUGAGGGAUAUCGUCACCCUGCCCGCCGACAAGGGACGCUCGACGGUUGUCAUGGGCAAAACCGAGUACACGACGAAACUGGAAGGUCUGUUGGAGGACGAAGUUGCCUAUAAGCUUUCGGAGACUGGAGAGUUCAAGAAGCACGUGAACAGUGUAAACAAGGCGAUAGACAAGUUAAGGAAGGCAGGAGCCCUCAAGAGGCAGGAAGCACUGGCCGUAAAAGCCACCGAUGCCGCCAUGGCGCGCUUCUACGGUCUGCCAAAAGUGCAUAAACCGGGAGUACCUCUACGCCCCAUAGUCUCAUUACGCGGCACCCCGACCUUUGGACUGUCGAAAUGGCUUUACCAACGAUUCCGUUUCCUGACCGGGGAUUCCGAAUGGACGGUGAAAUCGGCUGAGCAGUUUUUGAGGAGUAUCAGACAUCUAGAAAUAGAGCCAGACGAGAUGAUGGUAUCGUUUGAUGUGGUCUCCUUAUUCACCUCCAUUCCAAAGGACCUUGCCAUCAGCACCAUUAACGAGCUUCUUCAGGAGAAGUACGAUGAAACUGAUCAACGGCUUAAACGACCGCACGUCAUCGAACUCCUGGAAUUGUGCCUCAGAACUUUCUUCACUUUCAACAACCGGGUUUACGAACAAAAGAAGGGAACACCCAUGGGCUCCCCGCUGUCUGGACUGAUUGCCGAGGCUGUUCUACAGAGGCUCGAGCGACUGGUCUUCCGUUCGUACUCCCCAAAAUUCUGGGCCAGAUACGUCGACGACACAUUUGUCGUAAUCAAGAGGAAGGACGUUCAGGACUUCAAAGUGUUGUUGAACUCAAUAUUCCCCGACAUCCAAUUCACAAUGGAAGAGGAGUACAACAACCAGUUGCCCUUCCUUGACGUACACAUCACAAGAAUGGCUAAUGGGGGGAUCAGAACUACGGUAUACCGAAAGGCAACGAAUACCAGACGCAUCCUCCAAUUCCGGAGUAACCACCCCAUCGGUCACAAACGCAGUUGUGUCAGAGCUCUUUUCCAACGAGUUCAAACACACUGUAAUGACAACGACGGGAGAAGGGAGGAAGUGAAGUACCUGCAUUCCCUAUUCACAGCCAAUGGUUACCCACGAUCCUUCAUACGUGAGUGCCGAAGAGGAUUAAACUGCGAACGAUCUAACGAUGAGAAGCCGAAGUUCUGGCUCGCAAUCCCCUACAUGAGGAAUGUUUCUGAGGCGACAGCAAGAAUCCUGAGCCCUUUUGGGAUUGGGGUGGCCCAUAAACCGGAAUCCACCAUCAGGCAGCAGAUAAUGAGGCCCAAAGACCAGCUACCUGCAACGGAACAAUCAGCAGUGGUCUACAGCAUACCUUGCCAAGAUUGCGGUGCAAGGUAUGUUGGUGAAACGGGCAAACGCCUCUGCACAAGAUUGCACGAGCACCAGCUUGCAGUCAACCGCGAGGAUAAGCUGUCACUGGUAUAUGGCCACAUACAACAGGAGAAGCACAGUUUCGCCUUUGGGGAGGCGAGCGUCAUCGGCCGAGCGAGCGACAAGAUGGCCAGACUGGUUCUCGAAAGUUGGUCCUCAGUUGACACAAUAAACAGAGCCAUUGAUCUUCAUCCGGCCUACCAGGCCCUUCGUACGAGGCUCCAGUCAGCUCGGACGGGGCCGACAGCACUGGCAAACAAAUCGUGGCUCUCUCAACAGUUGUCACUUUCCCAGCAGGGGGAGAGAGCCAGCCGGGUGUCAGACGACCGACGCGAGAUAUCGACCCACCGACGCGCCCAAACAGCCGACCCCGAUUCCCACAUGCAACGGCAGCUGAUCAGCCCGUCAAAUUAUGGGGGGAGGGCCCAAGGGCACACGGACCUAGCAGCGACAACAGCGGCCGGGCAGGGGGCAGAGGUCACACCAGCGCCCCAGCGGUCGGCCACGGAGAGACCUAAGCCAAUCCCCCGCCAGCAGGCAGGUCAGAGUUCAUGUAGCAGGCAUGCCUAUAACACGAGACAGGCGGCGAGACAGAACAACUCUGAGCUAGCAGGAACAAACACCCUACCACUACUCUGA